CCCGUAUUGUGCUGGACAAUAAAGCUUUUUACUUUUAAUAAUAUAUACUCGUAUAUACCACAAUGGAGGCAUGUCUGUUCUACGUACUGUUUGCUCUCCUACCGAUGAUCCAUGGCUCAGCUACUCGUUAGUAUACCUCCAGGACUAUACUAUUGAUCUAUAUAUCAAUCACUCUUGAAGGCUGCGGCGGUGGUGGAAUGUGCGUGAAGGAACUAUCUGGAUGCCUCAUCGUGAUUGAAUCCGGUGUGUGCUCUGACGAUGAGAAAUGCUGUGCAUCAAACUUCAUGGUAAAUGCCCCAAGAGAGCGGGUCCUGCGAAGUCGCUUUCGACCAGGGAAAGACAUAUUUGAAUAUGCAUGAACUGCAACGAUCUUUAGUUAGUUCAAAACCCAAAUACAAUCCACAAUUUGAUUGAAAUCUAAUACGGUUUCAAGGCUGUGUCUGACCCAAUCUGCGUUCUAUAAAGAAAAGCGAGCCAUUCUCCCGUUCUCUCCAGCAAUUCGAGCUCCACUUGGGAUACUCUGAAUAAAGUUCAACCGAAGCGAAACCAUUCGGUAUGCGGCAAAGACUUAUAUGUAUAUUAAGAGCUCUGGAAUUGCCCGUUCAGCGAUAGUCUUGAGAGUGAACGCUGAUGAUGGCCAACACCUUCACGAAGUACUGGCUACUGGCCGCCUUCCUCCUGCCGCUGCUCCGAUAUCGCUGCCAGGCUUUACACAACUUCUGUGGGUCAAACGGAGCCUGCCUGCAACGAGGCGCUCCCUGCACACUAGUCGUGGAGCAUCCAAACUGUGAGGAUCAUGAGAAGUGCUGCGUAUUUAAGGCAGAAAAUGGAAUAACAUAUGGAAUAGCAGAUGAGCUCUACUACUAUAACCAGCUAGAGAUUAAUGACUACGGGGUUCCAAGGGGAUAUAACGGAGGAGGCUCUUGAAAUAUUCAAAUAAAUAUGAUAUUCCAUGCCAAUGGAAUGCCGACGCUCUUCUUUUGGGGUAACUGAAAAUCGAAUCAGAGGAAAAACUUUCCCAGCUGCAAAAACAGGGAAAUGUCCGCUGAUGUAUGCCAAAAAGAAAAACAAAAUAUAAUUCACGAAACCGAGUGGGAGGGCAAAAAUAAAUACACCACAUAUGCAGAUGCAGAGAUACAAGUAUAGCCACAUUAUGAACAAUAAUACACACACACCCACGUGCGCCGAAAAUACACAUGCAAUCAGUGAGGCAUACGAGAGUGUCUGUGUUUGUUUUCUCUGGCACGCCAAUGGAAAACCCUUUAUCAGUUUGCCUUGUGUAUAUUUUCGUACAUUCUGUGGCACAUGGAGUCUGUUUUUGCCCGGUCCAGCGUUUUGCCAGCGAAACUUAAAUAUUACGUAUACGCAGCGGUACGAGCCGCGUCCGCUUGAAUGACACUAAGACCAGGCCGGGCACUGGCACAGGCACAGGCACAGCAGAAAGUAAUUUUACACAUGACCAAAGCGGAAUGUGACGGAUGGAGUGGGAGAGAGCAACAGAAAAGAAAAGACCAGAACAGAAGGGCCACGGAUAUGUGAAAGGAACUGAAGCAAUCAACACAAACAGGACGAUGCCCAAUCACGCUGAUGCUGAGGAUGAUGAUAGAGAGCUGGGAGUGGGGAUUGGGAAUGAUGGCCAACGCGCCUUAAUUGAAAAAAAAAAAAACAGUGCUCCGUGGAAAAUGAAUUACAAUUCGAUUUUCGCAAAUAAUUUCCAAUUGAACGCUCCCACGGCACUGCUGUCAAAAGCAGUCACCAAUGGCACUGCCAGUGGCAGUGAGCGCUGCCUCGAAACUAUGCAACAGUUUGUCAAUUUCCGGUGGCAACAAAACGUAACGCCAUGACGAGGGGUGGGGGGUUACAUAUGUAUGUAUACGGGUGGCAUGGGCUAUAGUAUGUACAUAUGUACUGAUUCUGAUUGGAUUCCCAUGGAAGCCCCCUUAAUCGGUUGGAUAACAUCAGGUAAGGAAGAAUUUCCAGCGAUAGCCAGGUAAGUACUCCCCCUGUGUGUGCGUCUACGGGUGUAUGUGUGUGUGUGUGUGUCUGUGCCACAUCUUUCACUUUUCCCCGUGCUCUCCAGCCCCAGCUAUUCACCCUUCAACCCUUCUACCUGCCUUUAACAUCCACAAAGUAUCGCCUCUAACUGGAAUUAUUCCGCAAAAACCCUCUAGCAUGUGACAUGAACGUGCAUGCCCGCUGCAAGGAGAAUGUGCCAAGCCUCUGCGGAUGCGAUCACACGGAGCGACGGGGACGCAUUAAUCUCGUGAUCAAUGUCAAGGACAACCUCCUCACUGUCCAGAUCAUAGAGGGUCGGAAUCUCAUACCCAUGGAUCCCAACGGACUCAGCGACCCCUAUGUCAAGGUCAAGCUCAUUCCGGACGACAAGGACCAGAACAAGAAGAAGACACGCACCAUCAAGGCUUGCCUGAAUCCCGUCUGGAACGAGACCAUCACCUAUGACCUAAAGCCCGAGGACAAGGAUCGACGUAUCCUCAUCGAGGUAUGGGACUGGGAUCGCACUUCGCGGAAUGAUUUCAUGGGCGCCCUGUCCUUUGGCAUCUCGGAGAUCAUCAAGAACCCCACCAACGGGUGGUUCAAGCUGCUCACCCAGGACGAGGGCGAGUACUACAAUGUGCCCUGUGCCGACGACGAACAGGAUCUGCUCAAGCUCAAGCAGAAGCCAUCGCAGAAGAAGCCCCUGGUUAUGCGCAGCGAUACGAACACACAUUCGUCCAUAUCCAAGAAGGACAUGAUCCGGGCCACCGACUUUAACUUCAUCAAGGUCCUGGGCAAGGGAUCCUUUGGCAAGGUCCUGCUGGCAGAGCGCAAGGGCAGCGAGGAGCUGUAUGCUAUCAAGAUACUCAAGAAGGAUGUGAUCAUUCAAGACGACGAUGUCGAGUGCACCAUGAUCGAGAAGCGCGUCCUGGCCCUGGGUGAGAAGCCACCAUUUCUGGUCCAGUUGCAUUCCUGCUUUCAGACACUGGAUCGCUUGUUCUUUGUCAUGGAGUAUGUGAACGGCGGUGAUCUGAUGUUCCAGAUCCAACAGUUUGGCAAAUUCAAAGAGCCAGUCGCAGUUUUUUAUGCAGCGGAAAUAGCCGCUGGACUUUUCUUUCUGCACACCAAGGGGAUCCUGUAUCGCGACCUGAAGCUGGACAAUGUCCUUCUCGAUGCGGAUGGACACGUGAAAAUUGCCGACUUUGGAAUGUGCAAGGAGAACAUUAUGGCCGACAAGACGACUAAGACCUUCUGCGGCACUCCGGACUACAUAGCACCUGAGAUUAUCCUGUACCAGCCGUAUGGCAAAUCUGUGGACUGGUGGGCCUAUGGAGUGCUGCUCUACGAGAUGCUGGUGGGUCAGCCGCCCUUCGAUGGCGAGGAUGAAGAGGAGCUCUUUGCGGCCAUCACCGAUCACAAUGUAUCCUAUCCGAAGAGCCUCAGCAAGGAGGCCAAAGAGGCCUGCAAGGGUUUUCUCACCAAACUACCGAACAAACGCUUGGGCUGUGGUCCCACCGGCGAGGAGGAUGUGCGUCUGCAUGCCUUUUUCCGGCGCAUCGAUUGGGAGAAGAUUGAGAACCGCGAAGUGCAGCCACCGUUUAAGCCAAAGAUUAAACACCGCAAGGAUGUGUCCAACUUUGACAAGCAGUUCACAUCAGAGAAAACAGACUUGACGCCCACGGAUAAGGUAUUCAUGAUGAAUCUGGAUCAGUCGGAAUUUGUUGGCUUCUCCUAUGUGAAUCCCGACUACGUAAUCCUCCCAUAGAUCUCUGAUCUGAUCAGAGACAAUCCCCAAUCUGCGCGUUGUGCCCUAUAAAUCUCUUUUGAUAUUCGAUAUUAACAACUUUUGGCAAUGCAAAAAGACAAUUUGUUAUAUGUAUUUAUAAAUAAUUUAUAGUUUAUAGUUUCUAAAGAGCAAUUAUUCUUUGUUAAGUUUUCUGUUUCUGUUUGUUUUCUGUUAUUUAUAUAAUAUAUAUGUACAUUUACAUUUAAUCGAUUGUUAAGUUUUAACUGUUUAACAGACCUUCAGUUGUGCAAUAAUCGAAUACUGUUCAACAUCUCAAGUCUCACCUGGCAGCCAAAGGAAAGCAAUAUAUCUAAGCCAUAACCAUAGCGAAUAUUCAAGCACCCCGCCCCCGUUUCUCAUUCUGUGUAGCAUUCUAGCGAUCCGCGAUCUAUCGUUUCAGUCCAAUUUUGAACAACUUUUCAAAGCUUUAAAUGUUUAAAUAUUCCAAUUGAGAGUUCACUUAUUUUUGAGCAAACAUCUAAGUGUUUUGUAGAAAUCUAAUCGAUUUGAAUAUAUAAAUAAAAUUGGAAAUCGUACAUAUACGAUUGAAAGAUCA